CAUAAACAUUCAGAAAGCUGCACUACAGCACCACUGGAGCUGCAGCUGGUCCAGCUGCUGUCUGUCUGUCUGUGUGUGUCUGUGCCUUUUCGGCAGAUAAAUGAGCUCAACCAGGGGGGUAAAGUAAAGUAAAAGCGACUCACUCAGUCUUUUGUUCCAUUUUUGUUGCCGUGUCUUUCUUUUGCCCAAGUUAAGCUAACCAGGCUAGCUGUGGCUAGCAUGCUACAGUGACUUCUCCUCCACACGAAGAAGAAGAGGAAGAGGAAGAAGAAGAAGAAGAAGAAGAGGAAGAAGACACUGAUAAUGUGUCCUGAUGAUGGCAUCAUCUUCUGCUAUUGAAAACACAGCAUGGCGUGAAGGAGACAGGUGUCUGGCUCCUGACCCCAGAGAUGGCACUCUGCGAGAAACCACCAUUAAGAGACUGAUCUCCACCUCUCAUCAUAAUAAUGAUACAGCAUGGGUGGUAUUCACUGACCAUAAUAAAGAUGCAGAAGAGGAAGAAGAAGAAGAAGAAGAGGAGGAAGCCGUACCUGUCUCGAAACUCAUGAGACCAGGCUCGAAUCACUUCACCCAGGAGAAACCUUUGUUUCCCAGCAGUGUCACAGACGCCAGGCUGUGUGUCCCCUUAGAGCUGAGUGAUGUUGAUGGGGACAGAGUCCCCUACACCAUCAACAGAUACCUGAGGGAUUACCAGAGAGAAGGUAUCAGGUUCAUUUACAACAACUAUAUCCGCUCCAGAGGUUGUAUCCUGGGGGACGACAUGGGCCUGGGAAAAACUGUACAGGUCAUUGGUUUCCUUGCUGCUGUGUUGCACAAAACAGGCACAUGGGAGGAUAUCAAGAACAACAUGCCUCAGUUUCUGCAGAGUCAGAUGACCUCCAAGCAAAGUAAACCCAACAAAGUGUUCCUCAUCGUGGCCCCACUGUCAGUGCUUUAUAACUGGAAAGAUGAGCUGGACACGUGGGGUCACUUCCAAUGUGUGGUGGUCCACGGGCUGAGGAAAGAGGAGGAGCUGACUCGCAUCAGGAAGGGACGCAUCGAGAUCGCUCUCACUACUUAUGAGACUUUGCGCCUUUGUCUGGAUCAGUUUAAUAACAUAGACUGGUCUGCUGUGGUUGUGGAUGAGGCCCAUAAGAUAAAAAAUCCAAACUCUCAGAUCACUCAGGCCAUGAAGGAUCUGAAAUGUAAGAUCAGAGUUGGCCUCACUGGCACUGUCUUACAGAACAACCUUGAGGAGCUGUGGUGUGUCAUGGACUGGGCAAUACCCGGUUGUCUCGGCAACUCGGGACAUUUCAAGAACAAGUUUUCAGAUCCGAUUGAGCAAGGGCAGAGGCACAGUGCAACCAAACGUGCCCUAGCUACCGGGAGGAAGACUGUCAGAGCCCUUGUGAGGAAGAUUUCCCACUGGUUCCUCAGAAGGACUAAAGCUCUCAUCAAGGAACAACUGCCUAAAAAGGAUGACAGGGUGGUGUAUUGCUCUCUGACAGACUUUCAGCAGACUGUGUAUCAGACGGUGCUGGACUCUGAAGAUGUGACAUUAAUGCUGAGAACUUCAGAAAAAUGUGACUGUCGAAGUGGAAAGACCCGCGGGCGCUGCUGCUAUGAAAAAAACUCAGAAGGUGCGCCAAUGAAGACGCUGUACUUUAGUUACCUGGCCAUAUUGAGGAAGGUUGCCAACCAUGCAGCGCUGCUUCAGUCCACUGCAGGCACCAGCAAGAAACAGGAAAAGUAUGUGGGUGGCAUCUGUGCGAAAGUAUUCCAAAAGUUUCCAGACUUUGUCCAGAGAUGCAAAGAUGCAGCAUUUGAGGCCUUGUCGGACCCGAUGUACAGCGGAAAGAUGAAGGUGUUGCAGAAGCUGCUGAAAUAUUACAUGCAAAGGAGAGAUAAAGUACUUCUUUUCUCUCUCUCAACCAAGCUGUUAGAUGUGCUGGAGAGCUACUGCAUGGCCGAGGGGCUGGACUACAGCAGGUUGGACGGAACCACCAAAGCCAAAGAGAGAGUUCAGAUUGUCAAAAAGUUCAACAACUCCUCUCACAUCAACCUCUGCCUGGUUUCCACCAUGGCGGGCGGUCUUGGUCUUAACUUUGUAGGGGCCAAUGUGGUAGUGCUCUUUGACCCCACAUGGAACCCAGCCAAUGACCUCCAAGCUAUUGACAGGGCGUAUCGUAUUGGCCAGUGCCGGGAUGUGACUGUUCUUAGACUGAUCUCAUUGGGGACUGUAGAGGAGGUGAUCUACCUCAGACAAAUUUACAAACAGCAAUUGCAGUCGUCAGUUAUGGGCAAGGAGAGCGCACGGCGGUACUUUGAGGCAGUGCAGGGGCAUGUUGUCCAUAAGGGGGAGCUGUUUGGGAUCAAAAACCUCUUCAGGCUGCAGACCCAAGGGACAUGCCUCACCCGCGAUAUACUAGAGCGAGAAGGCCGAGUGGAGGCCGGUGUGAUGACCAGCAACACACACACAGGGGAAGAGAAGGAGGAGGAGACGAAGGGAGUUAGCACACCUGGAGACUGUCCGCCAACAGACGGCCCUGUACCAAAUGACGAACCAGCCAAGGAGAACAGAGGUGCAUCAAAGGUCCCCAGAGGGGUGUUGGACUUCAGCAGUGGAAGUGAAGAGGAUGAGGAGGAGCAGGGUCUUAAGAGGAAGGCGUCAAACCUCAGUGCAGUGGACGGCAGCAGGGGUGGGAGUGCUGCCACCGGUCCUGGUCGAAUGAGUCUCCUCCAGCACGGUUUCUCAAGGCUCCUUGAAAGGGUCAAAGGACAACCAGAGUUGGCAGAAGGGGACAGUAGUACGGGUGUCGAAGGAAGCCCGUCUGAGGAAGAUGAUGAGGAUCAAAAGAUGGAGGGUACCUCCUCUGGCGUUUACAAGAGCUCCAAUACAGGAAAUGGUGCAGUCUGUCUCCCUAAAUUGGGAACGAAAACGUGGGACAACUCCAGCGGUUCAGACGGGGAAAAUGGAGAUGAGGGGAGACAAAAGAGGGCUUCUCUGUUGAAACAGAGUGAUGAUGCUGUAAGAAAGAGACAAGGCUUGAAAGGGUGGACAAAUAAGAAAAUCACAGUGGAUGAGGAGAAUGAUGACAGUUCCUCACCAGAUAAAAAGAAACCCAACAAGCUCAAAACUCCAGUUCAAAAAGUGCGCCGCUUUGAUGGUUACUCAGAUGAAUCGGAUGACUUGGACAUAGAGGCAAAGACGUGGGCCAAGAGGGACGCUUUAAGUUCACAUGGUAGAGGAAGGCUAGACCGCAACAGAAAGAGGCAGAGUGCUAGUGUUAGGGGCAAGGCCAGAUCCAAAUACACAGACGACAUAGAGACAUUCACAUCUUCAGAAGAUGAACACACGCCUGUUAAGAAAGGGAGAUCUACAGGAUGCCAUUUCACAUCUACGCAGACAGAAAGAUCCGGAGUUAAGUUGCCAAAAGACGAGCAAAGAGCUACAACAACCGACAGGACAGAGAGACGAGCAGGGACGCCCAAAGCUGUUUCAUUUACUAGUCUAAAAAGUCAGACUUCCCCGGCGUCCAAAGGAAAGGGUGGAACUAUCGACAGUGUGCUAGGGGGUGUACAUGAGGUGAUGUAUACCCACUCUAACCAGCGCGUGGUGGGCGGGAGCAAAGCAGAGGAGAGGAUCAGUAGAGCUGCUGUACGAGACGUGUUCGAGCGCAAGAUGUACUCUCAGCUCCCGGCCAAUCACCUUCUGGGCACCCAGGAGAGCCUGUCAGCGAGCGAACCAGACAGUCAGCCUGGCCCCUCUACUGUCAGACCGGAGACACCCAGCGUGGACCAUCCAGUCACCUUCACCAAGAAGAGCGUGCACCACACCAGACACACCACCUUCAUCAUUGGGGAGACUCCCCAGGCCAUACGCAGGCAGCAGCUGGAGGAAAUGGCAGAAAAAUUCAAAUUUCCCUCAGUCCAUCAGUUCGCAGUGGAAAUUGUGAGAGGAAACUCAACCCAGAGGCUGGCCUGGCUACGACAGUAUUACACUUCACUGAACCACCCUGACCUGGCCAACACAGUCGCAAACAACUUCCCACAACCCGAUUCAGCACAGACCUCCUCUUCAACUGCUACCUCCCCAACAUCCACCAAAACAGCCGCAAAAUCUCACACACAUGCCAGAACCUCACAAAAGGAUGUUGUAAAAGCCAAGAGAAAACCUAAAUACACUCAGAAGAGUCCUGAACCUAAAACUAAGCCUGAAACCCCACAAUGCAACGUUUCUGUGCAACAGAAAAAGUCUAGACACCCACAAAAUGACGUUCCCGAACCCCAGACAAAGCAUAGAAACCCACUAAAUGAUGUUCCAUCACCCGAGAAAAAGCAAAAGAAUGUCCUAGAACCUCUAAGACUUGAGUCAGAGGAGCAGGAGGAGACGGUCUGCAAUGCCAGAGGACAUAAGAGGACAAAGAGGGGUAGUGUUUCUAGUCCUGGAGCCCUCAGAGCUGGUGGUGGUCUUGGCUUGGAUCGGGCCAGCAGCAGUGGUCUGGGGUCUGGGGAGGCUGCUGCUUUCCAGAGCUGCACAGACAGACGUAUCCCUUCUUCUCCGGACCUCAGCCAUGGCAGGUCCACCACGUUAUCCAAACCCGCAGCGAAGGGAAGGGAGCAAGAGCGAAAAUCAUCUCCCAGGAGGACCGGUGAAACUUUUCAAGGCCAGAGGGAAAGUCCUCAGACUUCUUCUCCUCCUGAGAAGGCCACAUCCACUUCCCGUCGUCGUUCCCUCCUCACAGAUCUGAUUGGAGACACCUCGAUCCUCGACGAUUUGUUAAAACCCAAACCCAAGGGUGCACAGCAGAUGGGCGCCCCAAAAACACCCCCUGCACUCCCCUCCGUGGCAGUAAGCACACGUCUCACUACACCUUCUCCGUCCAGAAUCGGUCUCAAUACUGAUUCUGGUUCAGCAGGCCUCAUAGACUCUCUGUCCUUUCCAAACUCAAACAAACCAUCAAAACAUCAGCUGGCACCAAAGGGCAGUCGCAAAGACUUCUGGGACAUCCUGAAUGAAGGUAAUGAGGAGAGCAUCAACAGGUUAACAGACCCGGCAGAAGUGCAGAGGGUUUGCGUCAACACUAACUUUGCAGCUAGAGGUAGGUCUGGAGGAGAGGAGGAGAGCAAGAGUCUCUGGAAGACUAAUGACAAGUUCCUGUGGAAAUAAUAUAACAGAGACAAUUAGAGAGUGUUAAAGGUUUAUUAUUUUUCUCUUCUGUACUUUCUACUUUUGCAAUCCUAAAGGAGAUUUAUAUAUUAAAAAAAAUCCUAACUGGAUAUCUAAGGCAGGUUUUCCUGCCUCCGAUUUUCUUAACAGAUUUUAUUUAUUAUUUUAAAAUGUCAUAAUUUGUACCUUUUUAGAAUGUCUUUUUUUAUCUACUUUGAUUAUUUGAAAAUGUUAAUUGUUCAUUGUAUUAGUGAGUUACAAGCAUAAUGCUGACUGUUACUUGAGUUAACAGGUUGUUGAUCACUCUGGGAAUUUAAACCUUUGUAUAUUUUAUUGAAGUUAUUGCCCCGUUUAUUGUUUUAUUU